AGCUCGAGCUGCGCUGUCCCAAGAGCAGACGAUUUCAGAACCUAUUUCUGCACAGGACAGAUCCUGCACCGUCUCAUGGCAACAUGGCGACUGAGUUCCAUAACCUCCAGGAGUUGAGGCAGAGUCCGUCUCUAGCCACCAAGGUGUUCAUCCAGAGAGACUACAGCGAAGGAACCGUCUGCCGCUUCCAGACCAAGUUCCCGUCCGAGCUGGCCAGCAGGAUCGAGCGGACGCUGUUCGAGGACACAGUAAAGACGUUGAACACCUACUAUGCAGAGGCAGAGAAGGUCGGAGGCCAGUCCUACAUGGAGGGAUGUCUGGCGUGCGCUACAGCCUACUUCAUCUUCCUCUGUAUGGAGACACGCUAUGAGAAGGUAUUGAAGAAGAUCUCAGGGUACAUCCAGGAGCAGAAUGAGAAGAUCUACGCUCCCAGAGGUCUACUACUGACAGAUCCUGUAGAGAGAGGCAUGAGAGUUAUUGAGGUGAGUGUGUUUGAAGACCGCGGUUCGAGUGGCUCUAGCCCCAGCAGCAAUGUGUCAUCUGGAAUCAGCCAGCGGUGACUGGAGGAACAGCACCAGGGAUAUGGGUACCAACACCACCACCACAGAGGCAGCGGAUCCCUCACCAACAUCCGCAUGCUGAAACAUGAGAGCACACGCUUCUGAAUAUAGAUGUAUAUGUAAUCAAUAUACUAUCUCUAGUUAUGAGUAUAGUAUCUACAGGAAGUAGAUAUUGAUUGUAUAUACUAUCUAUAGUUCUGAGCCAGGAAGGGGAGAGAGAAAGGCCAGGAUGUGUAGGCUACUCUCAACAGGCAACUGAAGUACCAUGAGGCCAGGAGCUGACACAUGCAAUGAUAUAGUGUUCAAGCAGGCACACACACAACUUGGUGUGUUAAACACUCUAAACACACAUAUUUGAGUAUCUGACAGUAUGCUUACACUCAUAUUUCUAUACACUUUCCCAACCAUCUCACGGUAAGGUCUACACCUGUUGUAUUCGGCGCAUGUGACAAAUACAUUUGAUUUGAUUUGACCUACUCAUUUACCCAUUAUCAUUCUACUUUGUCACCAUUCCCUGUGUUUCCAUGAGUUUAAUUAUAACCGUUAUGCCAUAGCCAAUACAUCACUGUCAUCCUCAGUUGCAUUGGCUUCUAUAAGCCCACAUUCAAUCAUGAGCAGCAAAAACCAACUGUUAUCACUAGAAUGGACUAUUUUGAAGCAGCAUUAUAACUACAGCAGUAGUAUAACUAUCACGUUGAAUGCUGACAAUGGCACACUUACUGGUAAUGCUCUGGAAAAUACACUUAAUUUCAGGCAGUGCGAGAACGAGGUCAGUGCAUUGUGAAUGAUGACAUGUCCUGCCCUGUUCUAUUUGUACCUAUUGCUUCAGCUUUCAAUGUGUGUGUGUGUGUGUACAACUGGUAGUUCUCCUGGGUCAUUUGACAUGUAUCUGUCCGGGACUUCAAACUGAAACACUGGAUUAUUUAUCCAUGCUCAUUCAGAGCAUUGGGUGCUGAUGAUCCACAUCGCAGCUGGAGGUUACAUACAUACACGCAGCCGCAUGUGCAAACACACAGGCUCAUACACACAGGCAAAUGCGCAAACAUAUGCAGACAUACACAUACACACACACACACACACACACCUGUGGCGACUGGCCUUGCGUUCCUGCACACAAUGUCCUGGCAGCCACAUAUCCAGUCGGACCAGGUGGUCUCAGGUCACAUACACACACACACACACGCACACACACACACAGGCACGUACUCUCUCUCUCUCUCUCUCUCUCUCUCUCCUUCUCCCCCUCCCUUUCUCCUACACACACAGCCAAGCAGUGUUCUCUGUGGUCUCAGCUCAUUGGGAUCACAAACCACCAUCCCUUUAAUAAAGCCGUGCUAGUCCCUGCCCUGGCCUGUAGCACUGCUAAACUGCCUGGCUAAUUUGCAGAUUGUUCGUCGCUCCAAACGAGGCCUAUAUAAAGUUUACUUAGACAGAUGUGGUUCACAGAGGAUUGACUCAGUGUAGUUUUAACACUACAGCUGGAUAACGAUUACUCUCUGGUUCUCCAGUCUCUCUGUAUAUGGACAAAUGGGUGGCAAUAAUGACCGCCCCUAGUGUGUGUGUGUGGGAGGAUUCUCACCACGCACGCACUCUCACAUUCACUCAUACAUGCGCACACACACUUUCUCUCUCAAAGAUACACAAACACACACACACAUACACACAAAGAGAGAGGGAUAAUUUAGCCUUUCUCACAGUGGACAUAACUGACUGCCUCUCUAUGGGAGAGAGAGAUCAGUUGAAUAGGAGUAAAGUGGAGAUUGAUUACAUUUCUCUAUGCCAGCUGGGUCUGACUGGGUUUUCCUCUAUGGACCCUUGGCUAUCACAGUCAACCAUAGAGAUGGAUAAAAGAACAUAAAGCAAUAUUGCCAUGGGUGUAACUUCUGUGUUAUCAAACCACACAAUGGGACUUCAAAACAAGUGGCUGAGUCCAUUGACCCUGCACAUAAUGUAGUUGCUCUCUCUCUCUCUCUCUCUCUCUCUCUCUCUCUCUCUCUCUCUCUCUCUCUCUCUCUCUCUCUCUCUCUC